CAGGCAGAACGGGACUGCAGCCGCGUUUGUUCUUUCUCCUUCCCCAAAACCCUCUCCUCUCCAAAGAGAAUUCACCAAAUCUAGUAAUCUACAACCCUAUCAGAGAUCCAUCGAUUGUUUUGCUCAAGUCUCCGCGUCAAGGCAUCAUCAUCACCCAAAUGCUUCAUCCGUGCGUUGAUUGUUCUCCUCCCCUGCCUCCGCCUCCAUUCCCUUGACCUUUCUGGUGAUUCCAGAUGGGUGCCUGCAAAAGCAAGCAACUGUUGCCGCUGGAUCGGCAGCUGCACAACGAGGUGCCUUACGGCAGCGUCGAUCGAAUUCGAGCCCUCCGAGCGCAGGGCGCAGACCUCGAGUCGACUGACUCACUCGGGAAGACCCCCCUGAUGAAGGCGAGCAUGUGGCGUGGAAUGGCCCUGUUGCUUAUUGAAUUGGGGGCUGAUGUCAAUGCUUACCGACGGGGUAUGUAGGAAUUCUCUUCCCAUGUCUUCUAUUCCUCCAAUGAUGCACGAAAGGUGAUUUGCACAAAUUCAUUGGACCGAUAGGACGCAGUUACUUCUAUCUUUUGUUGUGAUUUUCACAAAUGCUCCCUCACAUCUAUCAUUCCUGCUCUUGUUAGAAAGGUAGCGUUUUUGCAAUUUGUGAUCCUUCCAAACACUGACAAGGCUAUGUGUGCGUGAUAGAUUCGUGCCUAAAUAAAUGCUUAUUAAUUGAGGUUACUAUUUUGUUAUAAUGUCCAUGAUUGCCUCCCAUCUCCAAAUGGCAGGAUCACGUGCGACCACAUUGCAUCAUGCUGCCAUUUCUGGUGCUGACGGCUGUCGAAUUACUUAUCAUACAUGGAGGAUCCUAAACCACAUGCUGUAAUUCAACUAUGGAAAUCUCAAAUUGAGGAAGGAAAUCUUAAUGAGCAAGACCCUUCCGUAAUCAUUUUUGACAAAGACACAGAAAGUCGAUACGAGAUCUUAUCAGCUGAUGAAGGUGACAAACAGAUGCUUCAUCGGUUUUAUGAUGCAUUUCGUGGCACAGCCGAGGUUUCCAACAGGGUUCCAGUACAACCAACAGAGCCACCAAUACCAAGUUCACUACCUGCAAAUUCAUCUUUGGCACCCAGGUAUGCUGGGUUAGCAAGGGCCAUCAAUGCAUUAGUGCAAUCAGCUAAAGCAGAGGGAGUUCCCAAUGCGUCAACUGCAAACACAGAUGGCUGGCGAAGCCUUCAAAGGAACUCUCUCAAUAGAUACAGCAGACAGGAUGCUACUGCACCUUCGAUAAUAAGUGGCCAUGCUCAAGUCGAUGCCGCAAGAAACAGUAGAUUCAAUGGAAGGGGCGUGCCAGUGAACAAGUUAUAACCAAAAGAAUCCAGACGCAAGCUCUGCUGAACCUGUGAAAAGCAAAGCUAAAAAUGUGAACAGCAGUGGUAAUCCAUGGCGCAGAUGUGUUAUAUGUUUGGAUGCCCCGGUCGAAGGUGCCUGUGUCCCGUGCGGCCACAUGGCUUUCUGCAUGCCCUGCUUGAAGGAUAUAAAAUCCAAGAAUGGGGCGUGCCCUAUUUGCUGUGCCACAAUCAACCAGAUUAUCCGCCUCUAUCUUGUUUGAGGAGUAGGCUUGGAAAAUUGGCAAUUCAUAUAGCUUUCCUAUAAGUUUCAGAUGGCGAUGUCUCUAUCUUGAAAUUUUUGAUUGCACAGUUCAUACUGCAAUGAGAUGGUCUGAUGGGAAUUGCUUGAGCAA